GCAGAGACUGACGUAAGUGUAUUAGGUCAGAAUUAGCUUUACUGCAAAAUUGUAUUGCUCAAAAUUGUUUGACAUAAAAUUAUACAACUCAAAGAUUACAUGUAUAGCAAACCUCACAAUUAGAAAACAUUACUCAACAUGGUAGUGCUGAGUUCUGCUGUCAGCAGACUGGGGAGCAAAACAGAGACUCUUUAGUGAAGGAUACACUGAGUCCAGUGAACACCAUGAGCACAAGACCAAGUCCUCAACCACGGAGUCUAAAACUGAUUCAUCAAGGUCCCCCAGCAAGAUACCGUCUACAAACAGAGAGGAAAUUGCUUGAUGAAAAUGAAAAAGUCAGGAAAUGGACCUUUGGCACAAGAGAUGCCAGUAAACCACACAAAAUCUUUCUGCUGGUGGGAGAGACUGGCGUUGGUAAGACCACCAUCAUCAACACCAUGGUCAACUACCUAAUGGGAGUGAAGUUUGAGGAAGAAACUUGGUAUGAAAUCACAGAAGAAGCAGUCAGAGAUCAGUCAGAAUCCCAAACCUCUGAAAUCACCAUGUAUGAGGUCUUUCCUGUCAAGAGCUCCAUUUCUCUCACCAUCAUUGAUACUCCAGGUUACGGAGACACUAGAGGACUGGAGAAAGAUCUGGAAGUUGCAGAGAAUUUAUCUGCUCUGUUUCAGAACAACGAUGGGGUUCGAGAAGUCGAUGCUGUGUGUUUUGUGAUUCAAGCAUCUAAGAAUCGUCUCUCAGACAGACAACACUACAUUAUCAGCUCAAUUCUGUCUCUGUUUGGGAAAGACAUUGUGAACAACAUCGUGUUUUUAAUCACACACUCUGAUGGUCUUCCUCCUAAAAAUGUCCUCAGUGCCAUUAAUAAAGCUAAAAUCCCCUGCAGACGAGACAGAAGUGGCCAACCUGUUCAUUUCCAAUUUAACAAUCGUCAAGCUGAACCUCGACAAACUAAAGAACGUUACAUUCGUGCUCAAAGAGAUGCUUGGGAAGACAGUAUGAAUGAAAUGAAAGGAUUCUUUCAAUCUCUGACUGCAAGGAACAGAAGAAGUUUAGAGUUGACUUCAGAUGUCCUGAUUGAGCGCAUUCAGUUUGAAGCCUCCAUCAGCAACUUACAACUGAGAAUCCAAGAGAAAGAGCUGAAAAAGGCAGAGAAACUUCAGAUUCAGGAGGCAAUGAAACUAAACAAGGGAAAGAUUGAAGAAUGUAAAAACUUCAACAUUAAAUUUGAAAGAAGUGUCAAAAAGAAGGUGCCUAUUGAGAAUGCAUCAUGGAAGAACAGAAAGGCGACGACCUGCACGGUCUGUGAGGAGAACUGCCAUGAGUUUGAUUGCUGGUGGGUUUCCAGUCCCAAGAAAUGUGAAGUCAUGAGAAAUGACUACUGCACAGUGUGCACAGGGAAGUGCCACUACAGCAAACACGUCAAAGAGAACAAGAAAUACGUCUGCACCACGUCAAGCUACAUGAUGGAGUUUGAUUUGAUAAAAAAAGAAUAUGAAAACACUCAAACACAAACCAAGACAUAUUUAGUUUUAAUGGAAGAUCUUGAAGAAGAGCUGAAGGAGAUUGAUGAACAAAAAGCAGAUCUUAUUGUCAGUGCCUACCACAACAUCAAGCAUCUGUCUCAGAUCGCUCUAAAACCAGACUCUGCCUUCACCCUCCAGCAUCUGGACUUCUUCAUCCCCAGAGUGAGGGAGGCUGGGAAAGCAGAAUGGGUUCGAGAACUGGAGGAGAUGAGGAGAAUGGCAGUGGCUGAUGAAGCUAAUAAAGAUGCUUUAAGUUACCUGAAAGCUGGAAUGGCUAAACUCUUCCUUGGUGAAAAAUGACUGAAUCCAGCACAGUGAACACUGACUGCAGAGAACUGCUGCUACUGUAAGAAGUACAGACAGCAGUUACCCACAGUAAUGAUACAGACACUGUGACUGGUCCAUCAUCAGUUAAGUGUCAUCGACCCCACUAUCCUGAUCAAGCUGACUCGAGACUAAUGGGUAACUGGUCACAAGAACACUUUUCUUGGCCUCUGGAAAUUGGGUUUUCAAAAUUCAAGAACCAAAAUCUCUCAGCAUUUUUAAUCACCAAACAUUAAAGUUCAUAAGAUCAUCUUGAAAACGAUGAUAGCAGACUUUUAAUGAAAGUACUUUAAUUGCUCUUGUAUAAAUCCCCCUGAAUCCUGUAUAUGUUAACAAUGCAUUAAUCAUACGUAACCAUUAUGCUUUGACUUAUCACAAAUGUACCAUUAUGUGUGUUAUUUGAGAAGAAUGAUGGAAACCCUUUCCCUUUCUUUCUUUUAUUUCUAGAUAUGUAAAAUGUAUCAUGUUCUGGUUAUAAGUGUAUGCAUAAUACUAUAUUUCUAAGCACCAUGGCUCAUGUGAGUGAGUCGCAUCAAAGCUGCAUGUGCUGACUUGGGACUGUCACACAGCUCCACGGACAAUGCCUUAUUGAGCCAUCUAUAUUAGGGGCCGGAAACUUUGAUGGUGAAAACCCAUCACCCCAAAACUUCCUGGUCUAGUUCAGUCUCAGGACAGUCAAGCAGAGCCAGAGUGAAGCAAGCAGCAGCAGCAGCUGUUGAGGAGUUGAGUUGCUUUGCUUUCAGGACAAUUCUUCACCAGGUCCUGUCCAGGUGGACUCGGAUCAAGAUGGGAUGGGUCCAGCCUCAAACUUCCCCACCUUCCGUUUAUACUUCUUUAUUUUCUUUCCGUUGAGUCUAGUUAAGUUGCGUCGCAAAACCAGUUGACAUGACUGCUGUUUGGCCAUCUCCAAUUUGAACUACCGGCCUUUACUUUAUCAGCAGCCUGAGAUACAUCACUUCAACUGCAAGCCAACAUCUGGUGUCCUUGACUCUUUAUGGUUCUGGUUUUAAAAUCUAGGCUUUAGUAAAGAACCUUGUCGUUUUCAAUGUAAACCUGUCUUUUGAUUUUUUUGUCCAAAACACCAUCUCAGAAAUACUGCAAGGUGGUGGCCAUAUGUUAAACUUUACAGUUGCAGAAAAAAUGAUAAAUUCCUUUGUCAUCUCACGGUAGGACUAUUGUAAUGCUGUUUUGUCUGGUGUUUCUAAUUCUACUCUUAUUAAGCUCUGCUGCCCGAAUUUGAACAGGCACAAGGAUUGGAUGUCACUAGUAUUGGAAUCCCUGCAUUGGCUUUAGGGUAAAUUUUAAAAUAAUGAUGCUCACUUUUAAAGCUUUACAUGGCCUGGCACCACAUUACAUUACUGAAGCAUUACAUCCAUACACUCCUAGCCAUAGAUUGCGUUUAUCUCAGUCAAACAUACUGGUAUUUCACACAAAUUUCAGAUCUAUGGGUAAUUUGGCUUUUUUCUUCUAUGGUCCUGUCCUCUGAAAUUCUCUGCCUUCUGAUCUUAGAGAAAUCUAGAAUUGUUACUUUUAAAGUUCACUUGAAAACAUUUUUUAAACUUUCUUGUACUUGUUGAUUUUGUAUUAUUUGAUUGUAUUGUUUACAGUGUUCAGCGCUUUGUGAAACUGCUGUUAAAUAAA